CGACGUCAGUGUUGAUGAAUUCCACGCGCACCUGUUCACGCGCCUCAAAACAAACCGGCCGCGCGCAACUCUGGAGACCGUUACUUGCAACAAGGAAUAGUUUGAAUAUCCCCUUUUAACGCUUUAAACUUCGGAUUUUGUCAUACGAGAUACUGGAAAAUGAUCUCUUUCAGGACCCUGCGACUGACUAAUGUCGGAAUCAUUGGUUUACUGGCGAAAGACAUCGCAAAAAGCGGCUCAGUGUUUCACAAUGUGGCGAGGAGGACGUUCAGUUUAUCUUCACGGUUUCACUCGAGCCAAGAAUUUAUCGCCGAUCAACCUACAUCAAAACACAGACACGUGACCAGUCUGUUUUGUGGACUAGAGGACAUGCUUUUCUACACCAUAACUGAAGGAGCAGAGAAAGUUCCCGUGUCUCAUUUCAUCGCUGCAGUGAAAAGCACUGGCCUACUGACCUCUGACCCCAGAUUACGGGACUGCAUGGAAAAGAUUCGCGAAGCUGUCCGGGAGUCAGCCGGUGAAGUCAUGAUGGACCUUGAGCUGUUCCGAAAGUGUGUGGGUGGCAACAUAGUCCUGCUGAGUCUCGCUUUCAGACGGAAGUUUAUCAUUCCAGAAUUUGAAGCAUUUGUGGGCAUUAUCAAUCAUAUUUAUGAAACAUCAAAACUCCAGCAAGAUGGACAGGUUGCAAAAUACAUUCCCCAUCUGACCAAGUUUAGUCCUGAUCUUUGGGGCGUCUCUCUCUGCACAGUGGAUGGACAAAGACACUCAGUUGGAGACACAAAGAUGCCGUUCUGCUUGCAGUCAUGCGUGAAGCCGCUGGAAUACGCCAUCGCAGUACACGAACACGGCACAGAGCGCGUGCACCACUACGUGGGGAAGGAGCCAAGUGGAUUCAAAUUUAACAAACUCUCCCUGGCUGAAGAAGAUAAACCUCACAAUCCUAUGGUCAACGCUGGAGCAAUCGUCAUCAGUUCUCUUAUCAAGCCAGGUGCCAACAAGGCCGAGAAGUUUGACUAUGUGAUGGAGUUUGUGAAGAAAAUGACGGGCAGGGAGUAUGUGGGCUUCAGCAACGCAACGUUUCAGUCUGAGAAGGAAACGGGAGACCGAAACUACGCAAUAGGAUACUACCUAAAAGAGAAGAAGUGUUUUCCUGAGGGGGCAGAUAUGAUGGAUGCACUGGACUUUUAUUUCCAGUUGUGCGCCAUAGAAGUCACAUGCGAAUCUGGCAGCAUAAUGGCCGCUACACUGGCUAACGGAGGCAUCUGUCCAAUCACAGGAGAGAGAGUUCUGAGCACAGAAGCCGUACGAAACACGCUGAGUCUCAUGCACUCCUGCGGGAUGUACGACUUCUCUGGAGAGUUCGCUUUCCACGUUGGAUUACCUUCUAAAUCCGGUGUGUCUGGUGCAGUUCUUCUGGUGGUGCCAAAUGUGAUGGGUGUCAUGUGUUGGUCGCCCCCUGUGGACAAAGUUGGGAACAGUGUCCGUGGAAUCCACUUCUGUCAGGAACUGGUGUCUUUGUUCAACUUUCACAAUUAUGACAAUCUGAGGCACUUUGUGAAGAAGCAGGACCCUCGCAGACAGUCUGAUGAUGACAGGAAUAAGUACGUGAUGAAUCUGAUGUUUGCAGCACACAGUGGAGAUGUGUCAGCUCUGAGAAGGUUUGCCCUUUCAUCCAUGGAUAUGGAUCUGAAGGACUAUGACUCUCGUACACCUCUUCAUGUAGCUGCUGCAGAGGGUCACAUGGAUGUUGUGCUAUUUCUGAUGCAGUCCUGUAAGGUCAACCCUUUUGUGAAAGACCGGUGGGGAAAUAUUCCUCGGGAUGAUGCCAUGCAGUUCGGCCACAAGGACAUGGUGAAAAUCUUGGAAGAAUAUGAGCAGAAAUGCAUUCAGACAUCUCAGACUGACGCAGAAGUCCCUAGUCAUCAAUCCAAAAGUUCGUCUCUGGAGGGACGAGUGUGAUCUGCUGUGAAUGUAACCAACUUUAGGAAUAUACAGCAGAUCAUGUCUUCAGAUAUUAAAAGAAUAAGGGCACAUUUACAGAAAUAUCUCUUUACAAAGAUAAAAGGCUCCUUUUUUUGUUUUGAUUUGUAAAUAUGAGAUUUUUGUACAUAAUUUCUGUAAAAAAAUGUUUUAGCUUUGAAGCUAUAUUUAUACAGUAUAAUGAGAGUAUAAAGUAUUAGUGAAUAAUAAACCAAACCAAACAUGCCAA